UAACCCGGAACAGUUUGAUGUGGGUUUUUUUUGUAGCUGAACCCUUCAUUCGUAACAACAACUACUCAAUGAACCUAUCGUACACCGACAGUGCUUCUAGGACCAGUGAGAUUUCCCCUCCCGAGAUGUCAGCUGACUCCAUGGAGAUUGAUGACUCCCUGUACAGUCGUCAGAGGUAUGUCCUGGGGGACAGUGCUAUGCAGCAGAUGGCUCAGUCUUCUGUCUUCCUCAGUGGAAUGGGAGGACUGGGAGUGGAGAUCG